UCCAGAUAAUCAUCUGUCUCAAAAAGUCAGUAGCGGUAUCCAACUGUCAGCAUUAUUUGCAGUAGCUGUGUUCCUGUUUGCAAUGGUCAUCUUGUACAGCACUUCCAAGUUAUGCUCUAAUAUUGCUAUGAUGAUUGGAGCCAGGCCCGGACCUCUCUGUGACACCUUGAUCAAGCUGUCAUUUCUUCUAUAUUUUUGCUUGGGAUACAGCAAUAUCAUUUAUGUAAUGAUCAACCCUACUAUAAAAGAUUGGGGAUUUUUGUUCGAAUUAUUUUUUGUGGUGACUGUUCCUCUAGUAUUCUCAGCGAUGUUCAAGAUAUCAGAAUCGUCACGAAAUGCUGAUUGUAUGGCUGAGUGUGCUGAUAUCGUGCUUUAUAUGCGCGAGCUUACUGGUGGCUACCAUGUGGCAGAGGUUCAGCAACGCCCCCACCGUCACCGUCGUCAAAGACACACAUCUGCCACUCCAUCUCUUCCCAUUUCCAGCCAUCUCAAUUUGUCCCAACAACAAAAUAAAGAGAACUGUGGCCAUUGAGUAUAUAUCCAGGUAUGUGAAUGUGUCCGACCAGAACACAAUACAAAAGGUGCAUUUUUUUCUAAACGUAUUAUCUCUCUUUCAACAUCCUUAUUACAGUAGAAUGCUGGAAUAUUUAGACGAAUGUGAAGAAAUUUUACCUGAUUUGGAGAAAAUCAACAUUACUGAUCUCAUGAUUAUGUCACUACCAGCAUGCAGGGAAUUAUUAUUGGAAUGCUCUUGGCAUGGGAAGCCUGAGAACUGUUGUGAGUUAUUCAGUCUGCAGCGAUCCGAAGAGGGCUUCUGCUAUACUUUCAACUCGAUGACUUCUCAGAAACAUAAUCAGUGCAAUGAUUUACAAAAUACACUGACUGAUAAAGACACGCUACACAAAAAACAUAAUGAUUUCAACAUGGAAUGCAUAUUGAGAAGGAAUACUGCUGCUGGGGCUGCUACGGGAAUGGAAGUGUUCAUGAAAGGAAUGAGUUCAUCUGAAUUUUUGCCAGAUCAAUUGAAUUUUGUAAGAUAUUCAGGAGUGAGGGUUCAAGUACACCACGUGACAGAGUAUCCAGAAGCCGGUAUGGGAUUCCCGGUGCCAGCCGAGCAUGGCACUAAGAUGAGUGCCACCGUAAAGCCUUCGCUGACUCGCAGUACGGAUGCUAUUCGCAAUUUACCAGUGAACGUGAGGAACUGUUAUUUUGCUGAUGAGAAGCACCUGGGCGUGUCCAAUUCAUACACCGAGAAGUCGUGUCUGAUUGAGUGCAGAUUAGAUUAUCUAUUCGAAGUAUGUGGAUGUCGUCCUUACUAUUUCAAUCUGUUAGAUAACACAAUACCAGUGUGCAAUGCAAGCAGACUUCGAUGCGUUGCUGAGCAUAGUGUGGAACUGAGGUUUUUCAGUCCACCCACAGAGACGCUGAGAGGUUUCGAGGAGCAGGAAAUGUUCAGUCCACUGAACUGCUCUGACUGCCUGCCCACCUGCCAUGAGAACAUGUAUGACGUCGACAACGAACUCAUCAAGGACACCAUGCCCAUGAGCCAGACCAGCUUCGGCUACCUCGACAUCUACUACAAGAACGAGGGAGCAGUCAAGUAUCAGAGGGAUGUCACUUUUGGAUGGCUUGAUUUGUUAGUAUCAUUCGGUGGAAUCGCAGGACUAUUCUUGGGAUUCAGUCUUCUCAGCAUAGUGGAAGUGGUGUAUUGGGCGAUCAAAUUCAGUUGCCUCAUUAUGAAUUUCGAUAACAAAGUAUUACCUGCUCCGAAUCGAAAGAUAUUCGUUCGAGAAUUAACUAUGAACAAGAAAGCACACAAGAAAGCACGACUGAUAAAUCCUGGUCAAAUCAGAAACCAAAAACGUUUCUGAAUAGUAGUAGUUCACGUGAAUCAUUGUCAUUAAUUCAC